AUGAAGCCCCCAGGGCCAGAGGAAACCAGGAAGUCAACCUCAGACAUCUGUGUGUUUGCCAGCAGCUGCACGCUGCACGGGCUGGGCCAUGUUUUUGGGCCUGGUGGCCUGACCGUGCGCCGGGCCCUGUGGGCCGUGGCCGUGCUCCUGUCGGUGUCUGCCUUCCUCUACCAGGUGGCUGGGAGGGUGCGCUACUACCGGGAAUUCCACCACCAGACAGCCCUGGAAGAGCGAGAAAGCCGCCAGCUCACCUUUCCAGCUGUCACCCUGUGCAACAUCAACCCACUGCGCCGCUCACACCUCACACCCAAUGACCUGCACUGGGCUGGGCCGGCACUACUGGGCCUAGACCCCGCCGAGCACACAGCCUUCCUGCGCGCCCUGGGUCAGCCUCCUGCACCACCCGGCUUCAUGCCCAGUCCCACCUUCGACAUGGCGCAGCUCUACACCCGUGCUGGGCAUGCCUUGGAGGACAUGCUGCUGGACUGCAGCUACCGUGGUCAACCAUGUGGGCCAGAGAACUUCACUACGAUCUUCACCAGGAUGGGGCAGUGUUACACCUUUAACUCUGGCAUUGACGGGGCAGAGCUGCUCACCACCACCAAGGGUGGUGCCGGUAAUGGGCUGGAGGUCAUGCUGGAUGUGCAGCAGGAGGAGUAUCUGCCUAUGUGGAGGGACAUGGAGGAGAACCUGUUUGAAGUGGGGAUCCGAGUCCAGAUUCACAGCCAGGAGGAGCCGCCCCUGAUCGACCAGCUAGGCUUCGGGGUGGCCCCUGGCUACCAGACUUUUGUGUCCUGCCAGCAGCAGCAAUUGAGAUUCCUGCCACCUCCCUGGGGUGACUGCAGUUCCGUGUCUCUGGACCCUGACUUUGAGCCAGAGCCCUCUGAUCCUCUGGGUCACCCCAGCACCAGCAUCAGGCCCAGCCCUCCUUAUACCCUAACGGGGUGUCGCCUGGUCUGUGAGACCCGCUAUGUGGCUCGGAAGUGUGGCUGUCGAAUGAUGCACAUGCCUGGCGGCGCUCCAGUGUGCAGCCCCCAGCAGCAUAAGAACUGCGCCAGCACAGCCCUGGGUGCCGUGCAGCGGAAGGACGUGUGCGCCUGCCCCAACCCCUGCGCCAGCACACGCUACGCCAAGGAGCUCUCCAUGGUGCGGAUUCCGAGCCGUGCCGCCUCCCGCUACCUCGCCCGGAAAUUCAACCGCAGCGAGGCCUACAUCGAGGAGAACGUGCUGGUCCUGGACAUCUUCUUUGAAGCCCUCAACUACGAGACGGUGGAGCAGAAGAAGGCAUAUGAAAUGUCGGCACUGCUCGGCGACAUUGGGGGCCAGAUGGGGCUGUUCAUCGGGGCUAGCCUGCUCACCAUCCUUGAGAUCCUAGACUACCUCUGUGAGGUGUUCCGAGACAGGGUCCUGGGUUAUUUCUGGAACCGAAGGCGCUCCCAAAGGCACUCCAACACCAACCUGCUUCAGGAAGGGAUGGGCAGCCAUGCAACCCAAGUUCCCCACCUCAGCCUGGGCCCUAGCACUGUGGUCUGUUCCACAGGCCUCCCACCCCACCAUGUGCUGUCACCAAGAGUCUUUCUACCUCCCACCGCACCUGCUACCUUGUCACUCGGCUCUAGACCUGCUAUGUCCUUAGGGCCACGCCUUGACAUCCUGGACAUGCCCAGCCUGCACAGAGCUUUGCCAUCUUCACCCCAAAUAAAGUUCUAAUGCAUCA